AUGGGCUCUCGAGCGGCAGAUUUCGACUUUGGUGGUGGUGUAGACAAGGGCAUGCUUGCCUAUGCUGCCCCUUCGCUCUUCCAGCCUCACAACGCCAGGCAAGCUAUCCGUGAUGCACACGAAAGGAAAAUUGGCCCAAUUCUGUGCGUCUACUACGGAAUCAGCUCGAUUCCUGUUGCAAGAUUAUUGGCACCUAUGGGAUUUGACGCCGUCUGGAUUGACUGGGAACACUCAUCGUGCAAUGUUGAGACCAUGACGACGAUAGUACAUGAGACGAUGUUUAUGAGCGGUGGCAAAACGAUCCCCUUUGUUCGUAUCCCUGGCCACGAUCACGCAGCCAUUAGCUUCGCACUCGACUGUGGUGCCAGCAUUGUUGUUCCGCAGGUCGAUACCGUCGAGCAAUGCAAGCAUGUUGUCUCGGCUGCAAAGUAUGGCACCAAGCAGAACGGUACACGAUCUGCACCUCCUUUCCGCUUGGUUCCCGGCUUGACGGAUCAACCCAUGAUGGGCGACGAUCUACACAAAUCGCUCAAUAAUCAGGCUGCUAUCAUGAUUCAGAUCGAGACGCUCGAGGGAAUCCAUAACCUCGACGCCAUGUUGGCCGAGUGCCCAGAUGUUGACAUUGUUUGGUUGGGCUCGCUCGACGCCCGGAUCAGCAUGAACCUGCCGGGAAACAUGGGCAUGGGCGGUAUGGAGAUUGAAUGGGUCGAAGCUGAGAAGUUGUUCGAGGAGACAUUGAAGAAGCACAACAAGCCUCGAGGUGGCUUCGGUUUCGGUCCAGUGGUUAGGCAGAAGACUGACCAGGGCUAUGCUUUCAUUACUUAUGAUGCAGAUGUGACGAGGCUAGGUGCGAUGGUACAGACUCUUGCUCAGACUAAAGCUGACGUUGCUUACUCGGUCAAGAAAUAG